AUGGAAUUGGAGAAACUGAAGUUUUCCGUUUUGGUAUCUAUUAUUACAAUAAUUGUUUUACAAAAUAUAUUAGCAGUAUUGUCAAAUUUUAAUCAAAAUGUAUCUUCAUUAAGUACUUUUAUUAACAAUAGUCUUGGAUAUUGCUUAAUAUUAAUCCCUGGAUAUUGGCUUUACAAAUUUUCAAAAAAACAAGAUUUGGGAGAUAACCGUUUAACAAGUAAGUUGUUAAAAACAUUGUUUGGGGAUAAGCAUGAUUCAGAACCUGAGCAACCUUUAUCACCCAGUUACAAUGGACCAUCUAAUUUUAGAAAAGACGUAAUAACUUUUGCAUAUUGUUUUGGAGGCUUGCAAGCAUCUUAUUUGAUUUGGGGUGUUAUUCAAGAAAAAAUGAUGUCUGAGUCUUAUGGUAUAAACGAAUCUUCAAAGUUCCGUGACUCUCAAAUGUUGGUGUUUUUGAAUAGAGGUUUAUCUACAGUCUUGUCUGGUAUAUUUUUAUUUAUGAAUGAGGGUAUACGAUCCAAGAAAUCACCACCUUUAUAUAAAUAUAGCUAUUGUACUGUGUCCAACAUUAUAAGUUCUUGGUGUCAAUAUGAGUCACUCAAAUAUGUCAGUUUUCCUWCACAGGUAUUAGCAAAAACUUGUAAAAUUAUCCCAGUUAUGUUAAUGGGAAAAUUAAUGUCUGGUAAAAAGUACCAAUACUACGAGUAUGUCACAGCAAUAGGAAUUUGGAUUGGUAUGGCUAUAUUUCAAUUUUUUACAGAAAACAAACAUUCUGACAUCACAACUUGCGCAACCGGAGUAAUCUUGCUUGUAGGAUACUUAACAACAGACAGCUUCACAUCAACGUGGCAAGGAAAAAUGUUCACUCAAUACCAAGUUACUUCUAUGCAAAUGGUUUUUGCUAAUUCAUUACUAUCAUCACUUCUUACAACUAUACCACUGUAUCAAGUGGGCUCAUUCAAAAAAACAUAUGAAUUUAUUAAAGAGUAUCCAGCAUUUUUAACUGACUGCAUAGUUUUGUCUGUAAGCUCUGCAUGUGGGCAACUAUUCAUAUAUAGAACUAUUUCUAAGUUUGGACCAAUUGUGUUGACUAUAAUAAUGACCAUAAGACAAGGUCUAUCAAUAGUAAUUUCCUGUAUAAGAUACCAUCAUCCUAUUGGUGUAAUGGCUGCACUCGGAAUCAUUUUUGUUUUCAUUUCAGUAUUUGUACGCUGCUAUUGUCAUUUUCGUAUAAAAUCAAAAAAAGUUCCUAAUCAUACAACAUUCAAAGUAUAAAUAAAGUAAUGAGACAAUGCCAAAGAACACUUGAGUUGCUUGAAGCAUAAGUUGUAUACAUCCUAGAAUAUUUUCCAGCCGAAAAGUU